CGGGUGCUGGCGCUGUGCUGUUAAGGCCUGGGGUGCUGAAGGCAAAUGCACCCCAACUCUCCCUUGCUUAUCUCUCUCCCUCAAGCCUGAAAAACCACCACAGCAUCUCAGGCCGCCAGCCCCUUGCUUCGGUCCCCGCAGCUCGCCCAUCGCUGGCAGGCGCUGCCGUGUCCCUCCCUGGCCCGUCCCAGCCUGCAGAAGUGACUGCCCCGCAUCGAGCCGCGAUGUGUCGGGGCUGCUGAGGAGCUGCGGUCCCCCUGGGCUGGUGCUGCCCCGGGAUCGGUCUGCGCCCAGCCACUCCCGCGGGGCUGAAUGCAGCCUGCUUCUGCGGCUGGCCUUGGGCUCUGAACUUGGCGCGGAGCAGCAGAUCCAGGCGGUGCCAUGGCCGAGGGGCAGGCAGCCUCCGGAGCCGACUGGGAGAUCGACGUGGAGAGCCUGGAGCUGGACGAGGGCGAGGAGCAGCUGGGGGCCUGCCUGCUGCAGGGCGGCGACCCAGGGGAGCAGGAGGACGAGGAGGACGACGACGAGGAGGAGGAGGACGGGGAAGAGGAAGGGGCGGCCCCGCGGGGCCCUAGCCAGCCCAAGCAGCAGCAGGUGGAGCGGGGCAGCGGAGGGGAGCAGAGGAAGCUGAGCCGGACCCCGAAGUGCGCCCGCUGCCGCAACCACGGCGUGGUGUCCUGCCUGAAGGGCCACAAGCGCUUCUGCCGCUGGCGGGACUGCCAGUGCGCGAACUGCCUGCUGGUGGUGGAGAGGCAGCGGGUCAUGGCCGCCCAGGUGGCGCUCCGGAGGCAGCAGGCCACUGAGGAUAAGAAGGGGCUAUCAGGGAAACAGGCUAAUUUUGAGCGCAAAACAGUCUACCAGAGGCCUGUCAGGACGCCCAGCUUGCUGGCCAAAAGCAUUUUAGAAGGUUAUCGCCCCAUGCCAGCAGAUCCUUACCUGGGAGGGAAUUCACCUUUGUCACCCCCUGUAAGUGACAGGAUGAGAAAAAGACGGGCCUUUGCUGAUAAAGAGCUGGAGAACAUUAUGUUAGAGAGAGAGUAUAAAGAAAGGGAGAUGAUGGAAGCCACUCAAGCUGCUGCCCUUUUCCUGCCUAACCAUAUGGUGCAUGGAACUGAAUACAAUUCCUAUAAAACUGCCUUUAACCCUACCCAGGUUGAAGAUCCUAGCAAGGAGUUUUGCAACUUCUUACCAACCUGUCUUGACUUAACCAUGCAGUAUUCAGGAUCUGGGAAUAUGGAACUGAUUUCUUCAAAUGUCAGUGUAGCCACUACCUACAGGCAAUAUCCCUUGUCCUCCAGAUUAUUGGUAUGGCCAAAGCGUAGCCCCAUUAGUGAUGCUUUUCUCUAUCAGCAAUGCCUACUGAAUGCUACGGCAGUCCAAGCUCUCAAACCUGGGGCAGCCUGGGACUCGAAGACUUCACAAGGCCAGGAUUGUGUAAAUUCAGAGCAGGACAUGAUGUCACCAAAAACUGAAAAUUCACUUGUGCUUUCUCAUGCUCGAGAAAUUCAGUGUGUCCCUCAGGAGGCCCGUGAGAGGUCUGCUUUCUCUCCUCCUAAAAGGACUUUUCCACAGAUUUCUGAGAAGGAUUCUCUGGCUUCUCAAGAACACAUCUUAAGCAAGAUCAGCAAAGAAAAUACCAAGCACCCUCAAGCACUCAAGUAUAAUCCGUUCCACUCAUUUUUACAGCAAACAUUUCAUGACAAACCAGGGCCUGAGUUAAAAACAUCAUUUGUAAAAGAGAGCUUUGAAGAGGCAUCUAAGAAGUACAGAGAGUGCUCCAUCAAAGAGAACCAAAAGUACAAAUUUACAAUAGAUAGAUACUCAAAAGACUUUUUUGGGGCCAAACAAGCUGCAACAAAACUCUCAGCAAAUGAGCCUCUAUCAUUCUCAGUUGAAUCAAUCCUUAAACGACCCUCUUCUGCAGUCACUAAUGUCUUGCAGUAACUGCAUCUUCAAUAUCAAGUUUAAAUGUUUGCCAUCUGCAAAGUUGCUGCCACCUGCCUUUUCUCUCCAAAGAUUCGUACAAAGGACUUUGGUUAUGUAAAUGGAGAUUUAAAAAAACCUGUGUACAUAAAUAUGCAUGUUUUCUCUCAUGAAAAUAAAUAUUUAAAUUUUAAAAAUGAAAACGGUGCAUGUGCAGACUGUAAAGUGUAGGCUUUAUACAGCACUUCAAAUGUUACAAUAAAAUGAGAUGACUUAUGAACAUACGUCUUUACCACGCCAAGAGGACAUUAUCACUUCUGCCUUAUGUCUCUCUCCCUCCAUCGAAUGGGUGUCCACCCACUUGCAGAACAUGUGUAUGCUAUUGUUUGCUAUUAUAGAUAGGGUAAUUAUUUGCUAUGCUGGAGUAACUCAUCUCUGCUUUGUACC